AUGUCUAACUCAGGUCAAGUCCUCUCUGGCCUCGAAGACACACAAAUUACGAUGAACUCUCCGCCCCAAUUCCCGAUUAACAUCAUGCCUGAGACCUGGGAUAUAGUCAAAAAAGUUGAAGAGGAUACCGUGAGCUAG